AGUCUCAAAUUUCCCGCUCUGUUAGGGUUUCUCUCGCUCUUUCCUCGUGGAGAAAAAUGUUGGCAUUGGCAGGGAAUCUGAGCAUUCAAAUCUCGAUAGAGCUUCGAUCUCGUAGUCUCAUUUUCUCAUGGAUAAAGAAAUCCAGUACCAUCAGCUGCUGUAGAGCUUAUCAAUCCUCAGGUCCUGUAAGAUACACUCCAAAGAAAUAUUCCCUUGGCAGAGAAAAUCAAAAUUCUCAACAUACAAAGAGUUCGAAGGAAAAAGCAAUUGAUCGUUCUUCAGAUUCAAGUUUUUCAAAAGCUACAUUUUCGCAUGACAGAACAGUAACACACAGAUUAUCAAAUGCGAAUGAUGGGUCUCAAUAUCAGUUUUCCAGUGCUGAGAGAAUCUCUGAUGCUGAAACUAUGAACUCAAGCAAUAUGAUUGGAGGCAUGGUGGAAUUUUCAAAUCUUGAAGAUGACACUGGUCAUGAUCAGGAAGUCAUGGAUCAUCAUCUCAUAGAUGAGGCUGAACAACAUAAUGGAGAAUUUAACAUAUCCGAUGAUAAUGGUGUCUUUGAGAAGGAUGCAACGCAUGCCGGUAAAACUAAGCAAGAUGCUGAAAAAAUGGCAGUCGAAGUUCUUGCAACAAGAGCAUUUACAACAGUCGAGCUGCAAAAGAAACUUAAUGGAAAGAAAUUUCCCCCGGAUAUAAUCAAGGCAGUGAUAGCUGAUUUCCAAGACAGGGGGAUGCUUAAUGAUUACUUAUAUGCGGAAUCAUUUUCUCAGUCCAAAUGGCAUUGCUUGAGUUGGGGACCAAGGCGGAUCAAACAAGCACUUCUUCGUAAGGGCGUGAGUGAAGCAGAUGCAGAGAAGGCAAUGAAGCAGGUGUUUGAAAACAAUGACUCUGAUGGGAACCGGGAUAUAAUUCUAGGCAUGUCAAAGGUUUCGAUGGAUCGCCUCUUAACUCAGGCCUCCAAACAAUGGCUGCGGGGUCAAGAUGUGCCGCUUGAGACACGUAAAUCAAGGAUUUUGAGGUGGCUGCAGUACCGCGGGUUCAAUUGGCAAGUUACCAACUUCAUCUUGAGGAAGUUGGAGUCCCAAUAUCCACCCUAGAGCAUGUUAGCAUUCACACAACCCAACCGGACUGCCAAUGAUUCAAUGCCCACUCACUUGUGAUUAAUGGUCAUGGUUGUUGAUCGUAUCAUUUUUUUAGUUCCUUCAAAACAUUGGAUUGAUUAGAGAAAUAUGGGCAUAGCUAUUGAUGACUUGAGAAUCUUUCAGCCCAUUCCUGUAGUUUCAUCUUACUCAAUUCAAGCUUACCAUUUCAUGGAUGGUAUCCAUCUGAUAUGCAAAUGUAUAUAUAUGCCCAUGUGUAUGUACUCUCAUGUGAUCUAUAUACGUGAUUCGGCUUGUUCUGGCA